UUCUCUUUUGUGGCUUGUUCUUGCCUGAAAAAAGACCAACGCCCGUUUCCGUGCAGUUGCAGUGAUCCAUAAUUCCAUCCUGUUAUAUUGAUAACCGACGUGAGUAGAACGUCUCUUCUAGAUCCAGCGACUUCCAAUAGCCAGUGAGGCGAGAAAUUGAUGGAGGAUUCAGUUGAUGCGACUGGAGAUGGUGGGGGUUCAAGAAAUGAUGCACCUUUCCAGUCUUCAACGUCUGGUUGUUGCGGUAGUUCUGGGUAUCGCUUGUUUGGUAGGCAAGUUACAGUUCACCAAUUCAUGGGUGGAGGCAAAGCUGCUGAUGUUAUUUUGUGGAAAAGGCGUCGUGUCUCUUUCGGUGUCAUAGUCGUCGCUACAAUUUCAUGGCUUCUAUUCGAGCGGUCAGGAUUACCAUUCUUAACAAUUUGCUCGGAUGUCUUGCUGAUUCUGAUUGUUUUGUUAUUUGUACACGCCAAGUAUGCUGCGUAUAGAGAUAAACACUUAGAAACAUUGCCAGAGCUAGUCUUGUCGGAAGAAAUGGUUAUUAAUGCAGCAGCAUCAUUUCGUGUUAAAAUCAAUAGUGUGCUUCUUAUGGCUCAUGACAUCACUUUUGGGAAAGAUUUCAGGCUCUUCUUCAAGGUGGUGGUUUGCUUGUGGCUCCUGUCUGCGAUUGGUAGCUACUUCUCCUUCUUUACGCUUGCCUAUAUAGGAACCAUCUUAUCCAUCACAAUUCCUGCUUUGUACAGCAAGUAUGAGGAACACGUCGAUAAAUAUUGCAAUAUGAUUCAUAGGAAAUUUUCUCAGCACUAUAAAAUUGUAGAUGACAAUGUUAUUAGCAAAAUUCCUCGGCGUUUAUCCAAGGGCAAAGAUACCUAAGCAUUGUAUUUCUCAUCAUGAGAUUGUAAUAGACUAAACUAUUUUAAUUUUUAAUACGCCUAGCAUUUUCAUACCUCA